AUGGCAACUGUGAAAAUCCGAUCAGCCAACGCUGCAUCGAGUUCUACAUUAGCACCUGACUUACCUAGAUUAUCCAUUCUCAAAGAUGGUACAUCAUAUUCAAUCUCAGUGGUGAGAUCAGAAAACCUUUCUUGUGAUGCGAAAGAUGUCAUUUAUACCUUGUUCAAUUCGAACAUGUCUCAUCUCCAACAAACAUCCUCAUUCCCAUAUACCGAACAGUCUAAACGUGAAGAACUGUUCGAUGUAGAUGCAAGGUACAUCCUACUUCUCUCAUCCCAGGGUCCAGAUCAAGAUCCAAAAAAGGUAGAUAAGCUCGAUCCUGUGGACAAUCUCAAGACAACUACAGAUACAAAUACAAAUAUCAAAGCGAAAGGCAAAGGCAAAGGCAAAGGGAAAGGAAAGGAAACGAUUAACGAGAUCGAUUUUAGUCCAAAAGAUUUACUAGGUUUUUGUGGAUUCAGAUUUGAUACAGAAGAGACUUUAACGACCAGAGAUGCUGAAGUAGCUUAUUGUUAUGAAGUUCAACUUGCCCCUUCGUCAAGGGGACAGGGUCUAGGUAAGAUCCUACUGAAUACGCUGGAAGAUAUAGGUACAAAGAGGGAAUUGGAUAAAGUCAUGUUAACAUGUUUGAAGAAUAACCAAUCUGCUUUAUCAUUCUACACUAAACAAGGGUAUACUCCGGAUGAAAUUGAUCCUACGCGUAUGGCAGAGGAGGAGGAUUGGACUGACGACGAAGAUGAAGACGGUAAUGAGGAAGAUGAAGAUACUCGGGAUUAUGUUAUUCUUAGCAAGAGCUUGAAAAGUACAUAA